UUUCUCAAAACCAUACACCGACUGGAGAAAGGCGAUCCCGAUAUUUUCUUCAUCUGCUCUAUCUUCAUUUUUUGUUGGAACCAUUUUGUUUUUCCGCAACAAAUCGGACUGAUUUUAACAGUAAAAUGGCUACAAAACCGCAGAUGUUUACAGGAUUAACCUUGGCCUCUACGCCUCCUGCUUCUUCGUUCCAACCCUCUUCUUCAAGCUCUCACAGUCUAUGCAUGGUCAGGAAGCCCCUCACGACGUCAUUUUUCGGUCGUGGAGUAAAAGUUGCUGGCAUAAGAAUCGCUGCUUCCAAUCGAUCCCGUAGUAGACAAAGAGGAGGUUCUCUUGCUGCUGGUAUGAACCUUUUUGACCGGUUCGCUAGGGUUGUCAAGUCAUAUGCAAACGCAAUUAUAAGUUCCUUUGAAGACCCAGAGAAAAUCUUAGAGCAAACAGUGCUUGAAAUGAAUGAUGACUUGACAAAGAUGCGUCAAGCCACAGCACAAGUUUUGGCAUCUCAAAAGCAGUUGGGAAACAAAUACAAGGCUGCACAACAAGCUUCUGAAGAUUGGUAUCGUAAGGCCCAAUUUGCCCUUCAGAAAGGAGAAGAGGAUCUUGCACGGGAAGCUCUAAAGAGGCGGAAAUCUUAUGCUGAUAAUGCUAAUGCUUUGAAAGCUCAACUUGAUCAACAGAAAGCCGUUGUUGAGAAUCUUGUCUCUAAUACACGGCUUUUGGAGAGUAAGAUACAGGAAGCUAGAUCAAAGAAAGAUACUCUAAAAGCACGUGCUCAGUCUGCAAAGACUGCAAGCAAAGUGAGCGAGAUGUUGGGGAAUGUCAAUACAAGUAAUGCUCUUGGAGCUUUUGAAAAGAUGGAAGAGAAAGUGCUGGCAAUGGAAUCCCAAGCAGAAGCUCUUGGUCAAUUAACUACUGAUGAUCUUGAUGGAAAGUUUGCAUUGCUAGAGGGCUCAUCAGUUGAUGAUGAUCUAGAAAACCUGAAAAAAGAAUUGUCCGGUAGCACAAAGAAAGGUGACCUUCCACCUGGAAGAACUGUAACGACAAGCACAAACAAGCCAUAUCCAUUCCGAGAUUCUGAAAUUGAAAGGGAGCUUAAUGAACUGAGGCAAAAGGCAAAGGAUUUCUAGACUUUCGAACUGUUCCUGUCUUAAAUUUCUCUUUUCAAGCUCAGCAUUGGUUUCAUUUUGCCAACAUUUUGUACAGCCAAAGGCCAAACAUAUUUACAUUGUAUAGCUUGAAGACCAAGCUUUUAAAUGUACUAUAGUGAUGUUAUGCAAUGAACAAUGCUGCAUGCUUCUGUACAAUAAAACACCAUUUUUCAUGUUCUA